CAAGAUUUAGGUACCUCGUAGUUACUCCACCCCUAAAACAACCAGUCCGCUAGACCAGUCUGUUCCAGUGAUUCUCAAGCCGCUAAGUUUAAUGUUACUAAACAGCCCAGGCCAGCUUUCGUGUCGCCCAGGCCAUUUUGACUUUCGACUUUUUGAAAUUUCACCACAACUGGUUCGUCCAAUUUGACACCGUCCGCGCCAAUUCAUCCGUCAAUCCCUGGUGCCUUUUUUCCAUUCUCACAACUAAGGAACGACUGCGACACAAGAAAACAGACGAAUUUUUUUCCCUUCGUCUGCGCCUCUGGCCGCUUGAUAACUACACUCGCUCGCUAAUUUGAUAGAUCUUUUUUCUCUCGCUCGUCUGCUUCGCCAUUCUAAUCUUCGUAUUAUCGUAUUAUUCCUCAUUCAACUACGAUAAACCAAACGAGGCCGGCCUAGAAAACGAACGAGAGGCUACCUAUCAUCCGCGUUGGAACCUUAAACUCCUCUUCCGUUUGCUUGUUAUUGCGCAUCGUUAGGGUGGUGUCGAGGGCCACCCGAAAAGCUCGCCCACCAUGCUUCUACCUAAAGGUGGCAUCACCUGGAAAUCUGCCAAGGCACAACUUCCCCCUACCAGAGCGAUAUGGGUCUUUUUAACAAGAACUCGAGUUCUCCUAUCCAUCGCCGUCGCUGGCAUCAUCUUAUUGUUAUGGCGCGGCAUCAGAUCAUCGGCUAGUGAGAUGCAAAGCUUCUACUGCUGGGGUCCCUCAAAACCGCCAAUGGACAUGACACUCAACGAGCAACAGGCAUGGAACGCUCAUUUACAAACUCCUGUUAUCUUCAACCAUCACGCUCCGAUCACGAUCAACGAAAGCUCAAUAUCGCAUGUCAAUCUCAACGGGAUCAGAUCAACGCGUCAGGCUAUCGACAACGAGGAACGAGUUCUCCUUCUUACCCCACUGAAGGAUGCUGCGCCGUAUUUGUCCAAGUACUUCGAGCUUAUUGCCGAGUUGACUUAUCCUCAUCGCCUCAUCGACCUCGCAUUCCUGGUAGGAGAUUCCACCGACGACACCAUGGGUGUGUUGGCUAUGGAGCUAGAUCGCAUCCAGAAACGCCCGGAUAACAUCCCGUUCAACAACGUUCUAGUGGUGGAAAAAGACUUUGGUAGUCACCUCAGCCAGUCUGUCGAGGAUCGACACAGCUUCGAGGCUCAAGGUCCACGACGGAAGGCUAUGGGCCGCGCUAGGAAUUAUCUGCUAUCCGCCGCAUUGAAGCCGGAUCACUCCUGGGUCUACUGGCGUGAUGUCGACAUCGUGGACAGUCCUAAGAAGAUCCUUGAGGAUUUCAUUGCGCAUGACCGGGAUAUUCUAGUUCCUAAUAUUUGGUUCCACCGUUAUGAGGGCUAUGGCGACAACAAGAUCGAUAUCGAAGGCAGAUUCGACUAUAACUCGUGGGUCGAGUCCGAGAAGGCUCUGAAAUUGGCGUCGAAACUAGACAAAAACAUAGUUCUCGCAGAAGGUUACAAGCAAUACGAUACUGGCAGAACUUAUAUGGCUCGAAUGGGUGAUUGGCGAAACGACCCUGAUGAGGAAAUCGAACUCGAUGGUAUUGGUGGUGUCAACAUCCUAGUCAAAGCCGACGUCCACCGCUCAGGUAUUAACUUCCCAUGUUACGCAUUCGAGAACCAGGCCGAGACGGAGGGUUUCGCAAAGAUGGCCAAGAGAGCAGGCUACGAAGUCAUUGGCCUGCCCAAUUAUGUCGUGUGGCAUAUCGAUACAGAAGAAAAGCCGGGGAACGCAUAAAGUAGUGUUACUCAGCUUCUUCAAAAUCAUGCAAAUUUUCUUGUUAAAAAUAUCUGCAUUCCUCCGGGCACUCGAUGUCCGGGCGGGACAGGGGACAUAAUACUUCUACGAGGAGUUCAUGACACGCACACAACAGCUGCAUCAAAAAUACCAGAACCGU